GCUACCACCACCACCACCACCAUCACUGCCACCUGCCGCGGUCCUCACUCGCUCCACGGACCCCAUCACCACCACACCACCACUACCACCACCACCACCACUCUCCAGAAACCCGAGUCUUCUCUUCUUAUUUUGAUUUUACUUCGUUUGGCGCCAAAAUGACAUCGUACACGGACAAGGGACCCAAGCCUGACGUGGGUCGCUUCCUUCAAUUCGAUCACGUGACUUUCUGGGUCGGCAACGCGAAGCAGGCUGCCAGCUACUACAUAACGCGCAUGGGAUUUGAACCGUUCGCCUACAAGGGACUGGAAACUGGGUCGCGCCAAGUUGCAGCCCACGCGAUCAAGCAAGAUAAGAUAAUCUUCGUGUUCGCUAAUGCCCUCACGCCCAACAAUGAGGAGAUGGGGCAGCACUUGAUCCAGCACGGCGACGGGGUCAAGGACGUGGCAUUCACCGUGGAGGACCUGGACGGCAUCAUGAAGACAUCCAAGGAGCGUGGAGCCAAGAUAGUUAAGGAAAUCUGGGAGGAAGAAGAUGAGGAUGGUAAAGUUAGGAUGGCCCGCGUACAGACGUACGGGGACACGACCCACACCUUCAUUGAGCGAGAGGGGUACCGCGGCCUGUUCCUGCCGGGGUACAAGAAGCCGAGGGAGGGGCUGGACAGGCUGUCGGAGAAACUGCCCUCCACAAACCUGAGAUUCAUAGACCACAUCGUAGGGAACCAGCCGGACCUUGAGAUGGAGAAUGUUGUAGAAUGGUACGAGAAGCACCUCUUGUUCCACCGCUUCUGGUCCGUGGACGACAAGGACAUCAGCACUGAGUACUCCUCUCUGCGCUCCGUGGUUGUCAGUAACUAUGAGGAAACUAUUAAGAUGCCGAUCAACGAGCCAGCCCCGGGCAAGAGGAAGAGUCAGAUUCAAGAGUACGUGGACUACUACGGGGGGGCGGGGGUGCAGCACAUCGCCCUCAACACUGACAAUAUCAUCUCCUCUAUCACUAACCUGAGGGAACGUGGCAUGCUGUUCUUGGAAGUGCCUAAGACUUACUACCAGCAACUGAGGGAGAGGUUGAGCCACUCCAAGGUGAAGAUAGCGGAAGAGAUGGAUGUGCUGGAGAAAUUGAAUAUUCUAGUGGACUUUGAUGAUAAUGGGUACCUCCUGCAGCUGUUUACCAAGAACAUGCAGGACCGUCCUACUGUCUUCCUCGAGGUGAUCCAGCGUCGUAACCACAAUGGUUUCGGCGCUGGCAAUUUCAAGGCAUUGUUUGAAGCGAUCGAGUUGGAACAAGACGCAAGAGGAAACCUGUAAACCUCCUCCUCCUCCUCUUCCUCCUCUUCCUCCUAUGUCUUUUAUUCCAAUCUUUUUCUUUCCGUUUCUAUCGUUACUAUAUUUUCUCCCUCCUCCUCCUCCUCCUCCUUCCACCCUCACAUCCUUCCUUUCCUUCCUUCGUUAUCACCCACUCCUCCCUCUUUUUCCUCUUCCUCCUCCUCCUCCUACCCUCAUCUUCCUUCUUUAUCACACACUCCUUCCUUUCCUUCCUUUCCCUCUCCUCCACCUCCUCCUUCUCCUCCUCCACCUCCAUGGUCCACUUAAAACCAGCUUAACAACAUACGAGACCGCUUGAGCUGCUUCGAAACACACUGAAGCUUCGAAGUGAGUGCCCCGUAAACCUCUCGCUUGUUCUAUCAUGUAAUUAAACUCUCGUGGUUGUUUAUAUAUACUUAGCUUGUUCUCCAGUGCUUAAAAGGAGUGUGGUAUGUUUAGGGAAUGAAUUUAAAAAGAGAAAGGAGUUGAAAGGUUAUUAGUGUAUAGGCGGUUGGGAUCUAAAGAGGGGUUUGCUUGUUAAGUCCAGGUUGUGCUUUGGUGUUGUGGGGGUGUUGUACAAGUCACUUAGCUCCGUCCAGUUGUGUGUGUAGUGUUUGAGAAUGAUGAUGAUGGUGGUGAUGAUGAGUGUGUGUGUGUUAGGCAGACUGGUAGAUCGAUAGAUAAAGAUAGACAGAAAUGAUAGAUAGAAAAACGAAUAGACAAUAGACAGAAACAGUGACUCUUAAACACACACACACACACACACACACACACAGAUAAACAGAGACAGACUAACAAACAGACGCUCUACAAUACAUACAUUACAUAACAUAACAUACACACAGACAGACAGAAUAAACUUUUAAAUAAAUGAAACGAAACAAAAAAAAAUAGUUUGGUGAAAAAAUAAACACUUCUUUCGUAGAAUAUACAAGAAUAUAUACGUACAAAUUUGUUAUACGGAAAUCAUAUGGAAAAAUUAGUUAUAUGUAUGAAGAGUGCAAUAUUUUAUAGAUAUACGCUUUCUUGAAGAGAAAAAAAUAUAUAUAAUAAAUAGAAAGGUUAAUUUUCUGCAUAUAAAAUAAAGUAAUAAGUUAUAAAUAAAAUAAAUAUAUAUAGUGUUCAUUUUAUCGAUAAUGCAUAAAAAUAAAUAAGUAAAAUAAAUAACAGAACUGAAUGAAUAAAUAAAUAAAAUAAGUAGAUAUGUAAAAAAAACAAAUCUAGAGUUUUAUUUAUUUUUAUUUUUUCCAAGAUUGCACGAAAACGAAUAAAUAAAUAAAAUAGACUUGAAUUUAUCGAGAUUGUACGAAAACAAAUAAAUAGACAAAUAAAAACAGAUAAUAAAACAACAACAAUAAGACUUGAAGAAUGAAGAAAGGUAACCAGUGAAGACGUUUACCUUGCAUUAGUACUGUAUUAGUGUUGGAGCUCCCGGUACUGUGUUCCUGGGGCGCUGUAUAUACCACUUGCAUUUGGGUGACAAGGAUUAAAGGUUGUAAAGAAAUAUAUAUCACUGAUGAAAUA